UUUUUUUUUUUCUUUUGUAAUUUGAUCUAAAUUCCUUGCUUUUUUUUUCUCUACUUUUUUUAACACCUGUAGUGUAAUAAAAUUAAGAGCAAGGACAAAAAAUUAAGCGAAAGUCAAAUAUGCAUCUGGGAUUACUUUCUCAUGGACAAUUGACAUUCGACCCUUUUAAACCUAUUAUUUUGAGAGGCUUACCAACAGAGGAUGCGUCUACAUUAUUCGCUGGUAAUGUUGUUUUGACAUUAUCGAAACCGACAAAAAUAACCAAUGUUUCUGUUACAUUAAGAAGUGAAGCUAUUACUUAUUGGCCAGAAGGUAUUGGCGCACGUGGAACAAAGUUGACAUCAGAAAAAAGUUUAGGUGAACAUACAUUAGAAAUUUUGGCACCUAACAAUGAGAAAAAUGCAUCCUUUUUAGUUUUACCUGCCGGAACACAUAGAUUUUCAUUUGCCUUUGUUAUACCAAAUUCUACAGUUGCAACAAUUGAGGAUACAUUUGGGAGAGUUCGACAUGUUGUAGAAGCUGAAGUUCAAAGACCAGGAGUAGUGAUGCUUUCAAAUUGGCAUAUUUCUAAACCAGUCAUGAUCUUUAGAACCUACAUGUCUAAUUCGUUAUUGACAAACAACUCAUUACAAAGCCUUUCAAGAACAUUUGAGAAACAUAUGCCCUGUGCAGACAUAGAGGUUGUAAUGGAAGCAGCUGCGUUUUCUUCUGGUGAUUUAUUCUACAUUCGAAUGAUUAUUGAACCUCAACUUAAACAUACUCGACUUGAACAUAUGGAAGUGAAUGUGAUUGAGACAAGGCGUUAUUGUGUUCCCGAAAUGCGUGCAUGGCGAAAUGAAUCAACAACAUUCUCAAUGCCGUUUGCUGGGUCGGUUCGAUUAGCCGAAUUUGGCGAAGUAGAUGUAACAACGGAACUACUUCGACCUAUCUUUGACAAAAAUCAAAAUGGACUUGAGUUAGUACAUGACUUUGCUCAUCGUUUAUCCUUUUUCGCUCCUACUUGUCAACAGAAUAUUCGACAUACAACUUAUUUUAAGGAAAUCUUGUUUCGUCAUCAUAUUGAAAUUAGUCUCACUUUAUCUUAUUUAGAUGAUACUACGGGAAAUAGACAGCUAAGUAGAGUUAAUAGUAUUGUCUCGGAAUCAAGCAUUAGUGUUCCAUCUCUAGCAAGAUCCUUAACUCCGCCUCCAACAGCUCAUGUAGUUACUAAUUCUCGAGCAUAUAAUAGCCAAACAUACAUCGAGAGUUUGACUACUCGAUUGGAUAAUAGUCCAAGUAGACCAAGCUCAGUUAUUACAACCACUAAUUCAUCAAGUUGGUCUAAUGUAUUAUUAAGACCAAAUAAGACAAAAGCUGAAAAGAAUGUAUUAUUAGCUGAUGAGAGACGUAAAGAAAGAUUUACAUUCGAUACACCCAUCACUGUAUUUGAUUGUCGAUUAAAAGAAGAUUAUGGAAAGUUACCUUCUUAUUUUGAAUUAGGAGUAAAACCGACAAUACAAGCGACAAAUAAGAAGAAACAAGACAUCCAUCAUCAUACAGCAACAACAACUAUGGAUAAACCAAAUCGACCUCAUCCUUAUUUAUGCUCAUGCUAUUAUGCCUUUUGUAGAGAAAUGGAAUUAGCUUCUAAAGCUUUAUAUCUAUCAACUGAGACAACGCCAGCUAUGCCACUCUUAGAUCGUAUUCCAUCCAUUCCUCCACCUGAUUAUUAUACAAUUUAAAGAGAGAGAGAUAGAGAGAGAUAGAGAGAAAUUGAUUGAUAGAUAGAUAGAGAGAGAGAGAGAAAAGAGUUAUAUAUGUUAUAUACCCCUUCAUUAUUUAAUACCUUCAUUUACAUAUAUUGCAAUAAAAAUAAAAUUACGCGAUAAUACAUAAAGAUA